UUAUUAGAAAACUUUAGUUACUAUAUUUGUUUUUUCCCACAAGAAAGAAAGAAAACAGAUAUAUAAUCUGUGGAGCGCAUUCUCUUAUAGCCAAAAUUCUCUGAAUUCCUCAAUCUCAUUCGUAUUUCUAAACUAGCCACAUCUUUCUGUUUUAGCCCUUCAACGCCCCAGAUGGAGAUCGAUAAAGCAAUUAGAGAAUGUGAUGAUGGAAGAUUGAAGACUAAGUAUAAUAACGCCAUUUACGUUAUUAGAAGAGCGCUAGCUCUUUACUCUGUACAAGAGGUUGCGUUAAGCUUUAAUGGUGGGAAAGAUUCUACUGUUUUGCUUCACCUGCUGAGGGCAGGCUGUUUUCUACAUGAAGCUGAAGAAAAUAAUUCAGGAGGAGAUGCAGCUGAUGGCGGAAAGACAUUCCCGAUACGAACAAUAUAUUUCGAGAGCCAAUCUGCUUUCCCUGAGAUCAACUCAUUUACCUAUGAAGCUGCAGCAACUUACAACAUACAAAUGGAUAUUAUUAGACUUGAUUUUAAAUCAGGUCUGGAGGCUUUGCUAAAGGCAAAUCCAAUUCGAGCUAUUUUUCUUGGUGUCCGAAUUGGAGAUCCUACUGCAGUAGGUCAAGAGCAAUUCUCACCUAGCUCGCCUGGGUGGCCACCUUUCAUGAGGGUGAACCCAAUUUUGGACUGGUCAUACAGGUUUGGGUACACCUUAUAUGCAACUCAUACACAUGCAAUAUAAGUUGGUAAAACUGAUGGGUGCAAAUAAGAGGAAAUAAAAAGGAAAUCUAGCGGUUCUCAAUCUUAUUCUAUUAGACUUUAAAACAUGAAUCCAAGUAGGAUAUUAAUUAUCAUCAUACCUCACCAUUUUCAUCUGAGAAGAGACGACUACAAAAUGCUUUUGCAGAUUAAUGUUAAUAUAUUGUCGAUAUUGACAUUCAUUUGUUCUUCAUGAUUUUUCAUGGAAAUACUGUUAGAAGUAUUAGUAGCCUCUUGAGUUUUUUUUUUGAAGUACAAACACUAGCUUCAAGUCCAUUGACAGUUGGAUUGAGAUUAAAGCUUAAUUAUUCAAGGAGUGUAAGAAAGCAACUGUUGUUUCUAAGGAUUUUAAAUAAAUUCCAAAUGGAGGUCACUAGAACAUGUUAAAAGUAGAUAAUGGUUGACUUGAACUAUUUCUUUUAUAAGUUGGUUCCCUCGAACUAUAGAAGAUCAAUUAUGUACUUAAGUGUUAAAGAUAGCACUUCUGAUGCAUUGAUGCUCGUAAGAGCUGCUUUUCUUGUUGAAAUGCAUGAAGAAAAGGGCCCCAGAAAGACAGCAGGCCGAAGAGAUAAGGAAGAAAAAAGAGGAAGAGUUUAUUGAUUAUCAAGCAUGUUGGUCCUUACCUACAAGGAAAACCCUAUUAUAAUACCAGGGACUGGUUUUGGUCUUUGUUUGGUGUUAUUUUACGGUAAGGAGCUGUAAGAUAUUAAUUGAUGAAAUCCACCAAUGACAAGCAUAAGACUAUUGUUUAUGGUUCCAAUCAACCAGUUAUCAUAACUCUGAUUCCAAGACAACCCAAUGUCAAGGCAUCAUAGCAUUGCUUCAUUUCCUUAUAGGCAAAUUGCACAUAUAAAAAGUGAAGGUGGAGUCGAAAGAGUUAAAGAAUAGAGAGAUUAAGGUGAGUGUGUGUCCUUGCCUAUGCC